AUGAACUGGGUACCAAUAAGAUAUAAAAGUUUGUGCAGAAAGCUAUUUGUCAGUGAAUGUAAUGCAUUAAGUGCUGUUAUUAAUUCAUGUCCAAAUUCUGGUUCAUCUAGUGAAGAAAAUAACGAGAGUGAUGAUAACGAAUUUUAUAACAAUUUACUAGAAAACAGCUUUUCAGAAAAUUUCGUUAAUGAUAAUUCAAAUGAGUCUCAAUGCUCCACUGACAGAAGAAACACAAAUUUAGCUGGAAUUCAAAGUUCAUCAUUUCUUAACUAA